AUGCGCAUGCACACGUCCUUUGCAACAAAGAAGCGAUUGCUGCUACUGAAGAAGAGCAACUCUGCCGUCGCGCUGCUCUCCCUGCUCGUUACGUUCGGCACGGUGUCGGCGGACAUAUCGACGAUACUGCGGGGUGGCUAUACCGGUGGUAACAACAUCCUCCAGGAGGAUGGAUACCAUUACGACAAACCGAAGGUCCCGUUCGAGGAGCCACCGCGCAAGUGUGCGGUGACGGCCCAGAAUCCGGAUGGCAGCUGUGGUUACGAUUAUCCGAAACCGGACCAAUCGUUCACCCUACCGAACGAGUAUCUACCACCAACGGCGACCACGACGACGACCACUCCUCGCCCGACGACGACGACGACAACCAGACCAACAACAACGACAACACGUCGAACAACGACGACCACUAGGCCAACAACAACAACACCGCGCAGAAUUGUGACCACCACCAAGUGUGCUCUGUCUGCGCAAAAUCCUGAUGGAAGCUGUGGGUACGAUUAUCCCAAGCCAGAUCAAAGUUUUACUCUUCCGAAUCGAGUUUCAACGACCACUACACGAAGACCAACGACGACAACAACCCGAAGGACGACGACGACAACUCCGAGGCCAACCACAACGACGACUCGCCGCACGACGCCGUUCACAACCAGAACGACGACGACGAGGCCGCGCAUCGUAACGACAACCGAGAAGAAGUGUGCCGCAUCGGCCCAAAGUCCGGACGGAAGCUGUGGCUAUGAUUAUCCGAAACCGGACCAAUCGUUCACCCUCCCGAACCGUGUACCAACGACAACGACAACGCGGCGAACAACGACGACCAGCACCACCACGCGUAGGACAACACCGCCACAAGAGUAUCUACCGCCGACCACUACCACCCGGCGAACGACGACGCGUCCCACAACGACGACAACUAGGCGCACGACGACGACCACUAGGCCAACGACGACGACGCCUCGGAGAAUCGUGACAACCACCAAGUGUCCACUGUCGGCUCUGAAUCCAGAUGGCAGUUGUGGAUAUGAUUAUCCUAAGCCGGAUCAGUCGUUUACGCUUCCAAACAGGGUGUCAACAACCACUACGCGUCCAACGACGACUACUCGUCGGACGACAACUACCAGAAGGACAACCACCACCACUCGACCUACCACAACGACUACGAGACGCACCACAACUACAACCAGACCAACGACGACCACCACCAGAAGGACAACAACUCCAAGGAUAGUGACCACCACCAAGUGUGCUCCUUCGGCGCAAAAUCCUGACGGAAGCUGUGGCUAUGAUUAUCCAAAGCCAGAUAAUUCGUUCACCCUACCGAACCGUGUGUCAACGACCACGACAACCCGUAGACCAACGACGACGACACGUCGCACAACAACCACGACUCGCAGGACCACGCCUUCUCAGGAAUAUCUGCCUCCGACGACAACAACGCGACGUACCACAACGACCACGAGGCCAACUACGACUACUCGAAGGACGACAACAACCACACGUCCAACAACGCGCACCACUCCUCGCAUCGUAACGACAACCAAGUGUCCUCCGUCUGCUCAGAAUCCAGAUGGCAGCUGUGGGUACGAUUAUCCGAAGCCGGAUCAGUCCUUUACGCUACCGAACAGAGUGUCAACCACCACUACAAGGCCUACUACAACAACGCGUCGUACCACUACCACCACGAGGCCAACGACUACUACUACGCGUCGUACCACGACGACUACUCGGAGAACUACCACAACAACGCGUCCAACUACGCGGACAACUCCACGCAUCAUAACAACGACCAAAUGUCCACCUUCGGCUCAGAAUCCUGAUGGAAGCUGUGGUUAUGAUUAUCCGAAACCGGAUCAAUCCUUUACGCUACCAAAUCGAGUGUCAACAACCACUACUAGGCCAACAACGACUACCCGGCGUACAACAACGACUCGCAGGACAACACCACCUCAAGAGUAUCUACCACCGACCACUACCACCCGGCGAACAACAACGAGACCUACGACAACCACCACUCGUCCAACCACAACGACAACACGUCGAACUACCACAACCACUCGGCCAACAACACGCACCACACAGCGCAUCGUAACGACAACAAAGUGUCCGCUAUCAGCGCAAAACCCUGAUGGAAGCUGUGGUUAUGAUUAUCCGAAACCGGAUCAAUCCUUUACGCUACCAAAUCGAGUGUCAACAACCACUACUAGGCCAACAACGACUACCCGGCGUACAACAACGACUCGCAGGACAACACCACCUCAAGAGUAUCUACCACCGACCACUACCACCCGGCGAACAACAACGAGACCUACGACAACCACCACUCGUGCAACCACAACGACAACACGUCGGACUACCACAACCACUCGGCCAACAACACGCACCACACAGCGCAUCGUAACGACAACAAAGUGUCCGCCAUCAGCGCAAAACCCUGAUGGAAGCUGUGGUUAUGAUUAUCCGAAACCGGAUCAAUCCUUCACCCUCCCGAACAGGGUGUCUACCACUACUCCAAGGACUACUACUACUACACGGCGAACGACCACCACCACGCGCAGGACAACACCACCUCAAGAGUAUCUACCACCGACCACUACCACCCGGCGAACAACAACGAGACCUACGACAACCACCACUCGUGCAACCACAACGACAACACGUCGGACUACCACAACCACUCGGCCAACAACACGCACCACACAGCGCAUCGUAACGACAACAAAGUGUCCGCCAUCAGCGCAAAACCCUGAUGGAAGCUGUGGUUAUGAUUAUCCGAAACCGGAUCAAUCAUUCACGCUUCCAAAUCGCGUUUCCACGACCACUACUAGGCCAACAACGACUACUCGUCGGACAACAACGACACGCAGGACAACGCCGGCACAAGAGUAUCUACCGCCGACAACGACGACUCGUCGUACCACUACCACCACGAGGCCGACGACUACUACCACGCGUAGCACCACGACAACAACACGUCCUACCACGACGACUACUCGGAGAACUACCACAACAACGCGUCCAACAACGCGCACAACUCCGCGCAUCGUAACAACGACCAAAUGUCCACCUUCGGCUCAGAAUCCGGAUGGAAGCUGUGGCUAUGAUUAUCCGAAACCGGAUCAAUCAUUCACGUUGCCAAAUCGUGUUUCGACAACCACUACUAGGCCAACAACGACUACUCGUCGGACAACAACGACACGCAGGACAACGCCGGCAAAAGAGUAUCUACCGCCAACAACGACGACUCGUCGUACCACUACCACCACUAGGCCGACGACUACUACCACGCGUCGCACCACGACAACAACACGUCCUACCACGACGACUCCUCGGAGAACUACCACAACAACGCGUCCAACAACGCGCACAACUCCGCGCAUCGUAACAACGACCAAAUGUCCACCUUCGGCUCAGAAUCCGGAUGGAAGCUGUGGCUAUGAUUAUCCGAAACCAGAUCAAUCCUUUACGCUACCAAAUCGAGUGUCAACAACCACCACAACUCGACGUCCGACGACUACCACUACUCGUCCUACCACUACUACCACGCGGACGACAACACGCCGCACGACUCCACCGCAAGAGUAUCUGCCUCCAGUGACGACAACAACCACAAGGCGUACGACCCCGCGACCCACGACAACAACGCCACGGCCAACAACAACAACAACCAGCACCACCACUCGGCGUCCAACGACCACGACGACGAGGACGACAACGGAGAAAGGGUGCAGCGGAGCGGAGCUGAACCCGGACGGCAGCUGUGGCUACGAUUAUCCGAAGCCACCGAAUCCACUCACACUGCCACCAAAGACGACCCCGGCGCCCGAGUACCUGCCACCGGAGGAAUCGACCGGCUACUCGUACCCAAAGCCUGCCAUACCGUUUAACUUCUAGAAGCAUCGCGAUCACACAAUCCUUUCCUCAUCCCGAGAUUCUCCCCAAGAGUCACUGCCCUCCACCACACCGCACACGCCAGUAACAAGGAGCUCCCGGUAGUAGGUUAAUUUAGUUAGGAAACUAUCUAUCCCACAUUCUUUCUCUCCCUUUUUCUCUCUCUCUUUUAAUGUUAUUCUCAUCCUCAACUUCUCUCAUCUGCACUGCACCUUCGAUGUCCCGGAAAAGGAACUUAAAAAUACUCAUGAAAUCAAGUGGUUCGAAGUAGAAUAAGAAUUCGCGAGGUCCGCACUCCAACGGGGAGUCAACCAACCAGAUUACCAAGCGAUUACAGUCCAGAGCCAUUACUCAGCUCAGGCUCAGAGCGAUCGCUUCGCUGUGUUUUGUGUGUUCGUGUUCGAUUGUGUGCAGAAAUGCGUUCGGGAGAGAGAGUUUGUUAUCGACAAACAAACAUAUAAACCCCGUUGUGAAUAGUCUAUUGUAGGUGUAAGAUUGUGUUUUUGAAUAAAUAGACGAAG